AUGACUGGAGGCAUCCCUCACUACGGCGUCUGGGUCGGUCAACCCACCCGCUACACAGCCCAAACCCUAGAACAAGACCCCAAAUCGCCUCAUAUCUAUCUCUACUUCACCGACUCCUCUGACACUUCCUCAAGCAGCAAGGAGAUCGAAGCCGCCAUCAACGUUCGCUCCACCGACAAGGACUCCAGACUCGUUUACUGGCUGACGCGCAACUUCUCAAACGCCAUCACCCAGCAGCUGGACAGCUUGAGCCAAAGCUUUCAUCUGCUGAGCGACUACGCUCACGUCUCGAAUCGUACUCGCAACAACACUCGUCACGGCCACAGCCACAAUAACAGCCAUCACCACGAUAGCAGACACAACAACGAUGCCGCGACAAACCUGCAGGGAUUGGACUUCAUCCGCACCCAGGGUCUCGUAGAUAUCAAAUCCGGCUCCGUGCUACCGACUGAAGCAGCUGGUCCCAACAACGACAUUCUAGACGAGCUCGAGCCCGUUUUAACAGAUGCCAUCAACCAAAAGGCCACCAUCUACAUCUUCGGCUCUUCCUAUGGCACGGGCAUUCAUGACGUUCACAUGAACCAGGGAAGUCAGCCGUCCUAUGAGAACGGAAUCUAUGAGGAUGGAGCAUUGCUGUUCAAGUUUGCGGAUGGGCAUUGGGAGGCGGUGUUUUUGGCAUUUGCAUCCCAAAGAAUUCCGACGGAUGAUAAGGGCGAGUACGAGAGUAAUAGUCAGUCGUUGGCUGCUAUUCUUGGGCAGGCUGAUAGCAGUGAUCAGUAA